GCACUCUCUCUCUCUCUCUCUCUCUCUCUCUCUAUCUCUACACCGCAUCUCUCUGUAUAAUCACAGCACAUUCGGCCUCUCUCUCUCUCUCUCUGUGUGUGUUUGGUGCCUGAGAAUCUGUGUUUCUCUCACAAGAAAAACGAUGAAGAAGUUGAUCCGACGGUUAUCGCGUGUGGCGGACUCGUCGCAGUACUGUCUCCUCCGAUCCGAGACUCGGACGCCAGCUCGAGCCUACCAGACGGAAUCGUUCCGUUCGGGGAAGUUUCGCCGAUCCAAACUCCGAUCCGGUACUGUACCGGAGGGGCACCUGCCGGUGUACGUAGGAGAAGAGAUGGAACGUUUCGUCGUCAGCGCAGAGCUCCUAAAUCACCCGAUCUUCGUGAAGCUGCUCAACAAAUCGGCUCAGGAGUACGGAUACGAGCAAAAAGGAGCUCUUCGCAUCCCCUGCCAUGUCUUCGUCUUCGAGCGCGUUCUCGAAGCUUUGCGUGUCGGUGACGAGUCAGUUCAAGACCUUAUCAAUUCCUUGUCCGAUGAGUUUCUCUAGGCUGAGUUUCGAGCAGAUCUUAGUGGUAUAAUAUAACCAGAUCGUUUUUUCUUUGUACAUACACUCUGCGAUCGGUAUGAAAAGUGAAGGAGUCAAAUUUUAGGGUUUCCUUAAAAGUGUUUUUGCUAUGGUGUAAAGAGAAAACACUCGUCCCUGAAACAGGAAUGAAGAUCACUUCUUUUUUUGGCCCUA